AUGUGGUUAGGACAGAACUCCCCCUCUCUUUUUGAGCAACAUUUUUUUAAACUAAAAAAAGACGGUGCUUACGACAUAUCCCAUCAAGAAAUUCAAGAUGUUCCUGCCAAGCUAAAAUGCUUAGAUGAAGCCUGUAUGAAUGCCAUCGAUGAGUACAAUCGAAAUCUCAUUGAUCGUAAAAUCCCUUCUUCAAGAAAAAUGACUACACUCUGGGUGAGCUUAUCCCAAAAAGGGAGGCGUGUUAAAGUCGUUGACAAUGGAAGAGGUAUUCCUUCCAAGAAUGCCGAACAAGUUUUCCUUCACCUUAUGUAUGGUGAAAAUUUCGAUGACCAAGCUCGGAAAGAACAUAUCACUGGUCAAAACGGAGUUGGGAUCUCCUUGGUGAGGAUUGUUUCCAAAUAUUUCAAAGUCCAAACCUCCCAUCAAGGAGAAUCUUUUUCCAAACUAUUCACCAUAUCCGACACAUUCAAAGAGGCCUGCGAAAAGCUCAAAAUUCCUUCCUCUUUACAAGAAAAACUUUUUCUUCAUUUUGACGAAAAUGGUAGCAUUAAAAAUUUUAGCAAAUUAGAAGGGAAGCUAAUUAGUCAACUUCAAAAAACUGUGAAGAGUAAUGGAAUGGGAACGACAACAAAACAAGUGGACAAAAAUGAACAUGGUACUUCCAUCGAAUUUGAACUUGAUCCCAAAUACUUUUCUAAUGAAAAUACUUCAUUUAAUGAAAAAUAUACUGCACAGUAUCUUCAAGAUCUAGCAAUGAUCAAUCCAGGUCUAGAGAUUGUUCUUGAAACAGAAAAGGAUAAACAGGUCUUUUUUUUCAAAAAAGGAUUGGAAGAUAUUUUUAAAAACACCCCUCAGCCUUACUAUCAUUUAAAAUUUCAAACUCCCAAAAAAGAUUUUACAUUAUCAUCCAUUCUUGUUGGUGAAGAAGGCAAAACCCUUUCUUGGGUAAAUAGUAACUUUGUUUCCUUGGGAGGAUCCGCCAUCGAAUAUUUAGUCAAUCGUGUUUGUGAUGAAACACGGAGGAAGCCGACCAUUGUUGCUUAUGAGAAAAGAUUAAAAACCAGUGCUACUCGAAAUGAUGUUCGAGCUUGUUUUCACAUGUAUAACAAUUUUAGGUUAUCAGCUCCUCGAUUCAAAAGUCAAGAUAAAUCCUACCUCAUUAACGAUCUAAAACAAGAAAUCAGAGAAGUGAUAGACACACACCUCGAUAAAAUUAUUAAACGACUGGGACUUGUCAACAAGAUUAAGGAGGAAAUGAGUCGACGCGUCAAGAUUAAAGAUAUAGAUUCUGCACAAAAAGAUUUAAAGAAGACCUCAUUCACUUCUAUUCCGAAAUUCAUUCCUUGCACUCCAACUUCAAGUAAUGAAAUCAAAACCUUGUUUAUUGGAGAAGGCGACUCUGCCAUUGCGGGACUUCGUCCUGUUCGUCAACCGACCAUUCAUGGGCUUUUCCCUCUCCGGGGGAAACCCCUUAACGUCAAGGGGCUUUCUUUGUCUAAAGCCUUGGCUAAUGAAGAAUUGAAGAACAUUGUAAGCAUUCUAAAACUCCCAUUUAGUGACAAGAUUCAAAAUCCGAAAGACCUUACCUUUGAUCGCAUUGCUAUCAUGACUGAUGCCGAUUAUGACGGCUACUCUAUCCGUUCUCUUAUUUUAAGCUUUUUCUUUGAAUAUUGGCCGGAGCUUUUUAGUUUUAAUAUGAUCUAUAUGGUAGAGGCGCCCCUUUAUGAAGUAGAACUGGAAAACCCAGACAAGAAGAAAAGAGUAUUCUAUUGCAUAGACGAUAACGAGUAUGAUGUUCUCAUCUCCAAAGCAAAAAAAUCUGAUUGCCAACUCAUAAGAAAGAAACGAAACAAAGGAUUAGGAGAAACAAGCAGAGAAGGAAUGAGUUAUGCAAUCAUGAAUGGGCUUAUCUGUAUUGGGGUCAAGGAUAUCAAACAAUGCCGAAAAACACAAGACAUUUGGUUUCACAAGGACAAGGCACAUUUAAGAAGGAAAGAAAUUUCAGAUUAUGUCAGUUUGUUUUUCGACGAGUAA